UCCCCCGAGAGGCAAUUGGAUAUUCUUUGGAUCAACUUUACCUAUAACCAGGGGCGGACUGACAUCUCAUGGGGCUCCCGGGCAAUAGGGGAUCAUAGGGCCCCUGUGUACUUGCCCAAACUCAAAAAUGCUUAUGAAAAAGGUACCAGGGGCAUCUCAUGGGGCCCCCUACUGACCCCGGGCCCUCGGGCAGUGCCCGAGUUUCCAAAUGGUCAGUCCGCCCAUGUGGUCACCUAAUAA